CUUAUACCAAUAUUUAUGUUCAAAUAAGUAAACAAAAUAAAUAAUCUACAUUUCAGUCAGUUGGUUGACUGCUUAAAGUCUGACUAUACUUUUACCAAUAGGAACGUACCUGCAGCCUGGUCAGUGAUAACCUACAACUCUGUAUUAAAUAACUAGUCAACGCAUCUUUAAGCUGGGCUUUACGCGUCAUUGUACAUGGUUGCUUUGUGAGAAUUGCGGUUUUUGCUCGUGAUAGAUGAUUGUAGGCGGUCAGGUUGAUGCUCUUAACCAAAUGGUAUUCUUAAUUGUCACUUAUCAAUAAUGUGUAUCUUAAAUCUUUUGGUGGCCUGUGUCUUACAGUAUCACUUUCAGAGACAUUGUCUUUGUGCUGUUCAACUUGAGACUGACCACUUUUAGAAAUGAGAUAUUUACGGUAUUUACCGAUUACAUACCUUAUAUAACUUACUAACGUCCUGUUUAUUUAGUCUUUAUUGUUGAUGGAAUCUCAACCCAGUCACAACGUGACUAUUAGUUGAAAUGAGACGACCUUGCUUAUACUGUAUUUCGAUGUUAAGUAAUGUAUAUAUCUAUCGUAAAAGAAGUCAUUCUCUUCCAAAACAGCUCAGAAGUGUUAUCUCUGGCUAUGGUGCAAGUUCGAAUCAUAAUUACAGAUGAAACAUAAGCGGGAUUUAAAGCUACUACUUCAUCCAUACUUUAUCGUGAAUAUGCUACUUAGCGCUCUUUUUUUUAUAUCAAAAACUGUUCCAUUAUUUUGUACAUGGAUGUAUGAUGAUUGUUACAUCAAUCUCCAAGAAUAUGAAAUGUUGAUAUUUUUAGGAAGCUUCGUCGCAUUGCGCAAUAAGCGUCAAUUCUCUAUUCCCGAUUAUCUUGCUCAUUUUUACAUGUUUGCUAAAAUCGUUAGUCUACUUAUGUUCUGGAAACAGAAUGUUGUAUAUGCCAUAUUAUAUGGUGUUUUAUGGUUAGUGCAAGCCUGUUUUUUACAACAACCUGUUUAUAAUGGACCCGAUAAAGUUUUAUACUUGCGAGAUACUACCUUUGAACAAGAAGUUAUUCGUGGUAACCCUAAGGUAACAUGGCUCGUUGCUUUUUAUACUGUGUGGUCACCUGCGUGUACUAAACUACAACCUAUUUUUGCAGAACUGUCAGAAGAAUUUGGAACAGAUCUUAUGAAGUUUGGCAAAAUCGAUGUAAUACGAUAUCCAGAUGUCGGCAUCAAACAUAACAUUGAUACAUCCUCCUGGUCUAAACAGCUUCCUACUCUGAUCUUAUUUCGUCAAGGUCAUGAACUGACACGCAGACCUGCUAUAAUCAAUACACCUAAGAAAACAGUACAGAAAUUCACAUUCACUUGGGAUAAUAUGAUCAAUGCUUUUUCAUUAAAUGAAAUAUACACUAACCAGAAACAAACUUCUGGCACUGCAAAUCAGUGUGGUUCAGCUGGUUCAACAGAUAAAGAUAAGAAAAACCUGUGAAAACAUACGGUUUCAUCGAGAUAUUGUGUUAGGUACUUUAUCUAGUCUUUCUUAUAUCUUUUAUUUGAACGACCUGCAUCUGUAAAUUAAUUUCAGUUAAUUUUUUCGCACAAUGUUUCGGUACUCAAAACCAAAUUUUUACUCAGUUAAAUUGACUUCAUAGUUGAAUACCUUGGUUUUAAUCCUUAGUUACUUCUGUCUUAAUGCUUUGUACAAAUUUAAGUACCCUUUAAAUGUCUUAUAUUGUAAAAAUGUUUUACUCUGAUUGAUAAACAGCUUGCAAGCAUGCUGUCGAUAGACUAGUAGUAACCAGGUAUUUUUUUAAACACUUGUUUACUGAUUAUGUGUCGCAUGACAACAGUUAUUACUGUUUAAAGUAAAUUAGAUAAAAUAAGAUGUUAACUCAUGAGUUGGUGGAUGAGAGUCUUAUGUUUAGACUAUUAAAUCACUGUUUGCUUAAGAAUAGUUACAAAACAGAUAUAUCACAUUUUAAAGGUUCAUUUGCAUUUAGUUUAGUUUCACUACAAAAUAGUUUAGACAAUAUUUUGGUAAGAUGCACUAUCUCGACCCUUAUUUACGCAGAAUGCGGCCCUUUUAUUCUUAUCGUACCACCAAAAUGCUUUGAAAACUGAUAAUUAAAUAAUGAAGUUGUUGUUUUCAAGGUAAACAACUUUGCUGCAGAUUUCUAGUUUACUUUGGGCUGUUUCCUAAUAAACGUGUUUUUCUUAGUUCUUCGGCAUAAAGACAAAUGGUUUUUAUGCACAUUCUCCUGUACGUUGGAUUCCAUGACCAUGUAAUCCGAUUCGUGAUAUCUUACUGCUUUUAUCUUUUUCAAAUGCAAGUCUUCUACAUUCUUCGUUUCUAAAUGUGUUUAUCCGCCCGACAGC